AUCGCAGCCAACUUCACAUCAACGCGUUCUCGGUAUAGGUUUUAACACUUAUUUAUUCGCAAUAAAUGCGAAUGCAAUUGCGAAAAAUUGAACUUAUUCGCUGUAUUUGCGAAAAAGCAGUCAUUUAAUUUAUACAAAAAAUUAAACGCCGCACAUUUCGCACAUUUACAACAUACUCAAUUCAAACGUUUUCUUUCCGCCACCGUCGUCGUUGUGCGCUUCAGUGAGUGAGUGUGUGUGUGUAUAUAUUUUUGUGCGUGACGCGCUGCUGCCGCCAUUCAAGAUUGAAGUGAAAAAAUGGAUUUGGCGGAGCUACAUAAGAUGAAAGUGGUGGACCUGCGUAACGAACUACAGACGCGCGGUCUCGAUACCAAAGGUGUUAAAGCUGUGCUCAUCGAACGCUUGCGGGCACAUGUCGAAGAUUCUGCCGGUGGAGGCGUUGGAGAUGGCGCCCCAGUAACACCGAGCCGGCGACAACGUCGAACGCGCUCAAUGUCCCGCUCUCCGUCGCCCGUUGCUGUGGUGCCACUUGCCGCCGAACCGGAUUUGGAAACCCUGCAGGAGGAGGAACAGCCAGUCGCAGAGCCUGUCGUGCAGGAGGAAGCAGAGGACAAUUCGGGAGCAGAGCAAGAGGAAGUCAAAGAUGAAGAGGAGCACGAGCGAGAACCGGAACCGGAAGUGGAAGAAGAACAAGCCAAACAGGAUGAAGCUGAAGAUAAAAUUGAUGAGUUGGACGCAGUUGAGCCUGAUGCGGCUGCAACGCAAGCAGAUCACGAUGAAGAUGUGCCAAUGGCUGAUGAACCAAGCCAAGCCAUGCGGACAUCAACGGAACAGGAGGAGGAGCAGUCAAAUGACACCAAUGAGCAAAUGGAACAAUCGGAUGAGCAACAGCCAGCAGCAGAGAAUGAAAAUGAGCAUGAUGCGGAUGCAGAUGCCAAUGCUGAGAAAGUCACAGCUCACCAAUCCAAUGGCAACAGUGGUGAGAAAAUGGAUGUCGAUGAGGAGGUUGCCAAGACAGACAAGCAGGAGGACAAGGAGCAGGAGAAGGAUAAACCGAAUGAGCGACGCAAACGCUCCCACAGUCACACCCACUCACGGACCAGCUCCCGUUCACCCAAGCGUCGCAGCGGUGACUCCAAGCGUGACUCGAAGGCCGGAUCAACGGUCGAGGAGCGCACAGUGGCCGAGGAUGAGCCCACCAUGGAGGAUAAGCAAAUGGGUCUCAGUUGGCUUGAUUCGGAUCUACAUUUGCGCAUCGAUGCGACCAGUUUUACAUCGGCCAAGCCAUUGGAUUCGGAAAUCUAUUCGCUGGUUUGGUCGGGCGCCAGAGCCAACUAUGGUGUGCGCGAGGGCAAGGUGUGCUUUGAGGUGCAGCUGUCGGAGGAAUCGGUGCCGGAGAAUGCGCAUCAUUUUCGCGAUGAGCCGCAUGUGCGCGGCUUUCGCGUGGGCUUCUCAACGCCACAGUCCUCGCUGCUGCUGGGCGAGGCUGAACAUUCCUAUGGCUAUUGCGAGAGUGGCCGCAAGGCGAACAAUGGCGAGUUUAGGGAUUAUGGCAAAGCCUAUCAGCUGGACGAUGUGAUUGGCUGCUAUUUGGAUCUGGACAGUGAGCCGUGCAACAUUAAAUAUACGCUGAAUGGCGAGGAUCUGGGCAUUGCGCACGAGUUCGAUAAGAGCAUACUGGGCGAGGAAGGCGCCCUCUUUCCGCACAUUCUCACCAAGGGCUACCAGUAUACGGUGAACUUUGGCAACGAGACCGAGCUGCUGGUGAAUGCCGAGCGAAAGACGCGUAAACGACGCAAGCAACGCGCCGAGUCGCCACAGAAGGAUGAUGACAACGAUGGCGGCGAGAAGUGGAAAGUGCUCGACGAGGCCACCGCCGAUGAUGAUGAGCCCGAGAAGAAGGACGACGAAGCUAAGACGGCUGCCACCGAGAAGUCCACCGAGGAGGGUGACACCGAUAAAACUGAGACCAAAGCCGAAGGUGCUGCUGAGGUGCAGGCGGACCAAGUAGCCAAGGAGUCUGUUGUCGACGAAGAGGCCAAGUCGGAGCAGGCACAACCUGCCGAGUCUGCGGAGGCUGCACAGGAUGAGGAACCUGCUGAGGAAGCAGCUGAAGUUCCCGCUGAGGCAGCUGCUGAACCCGCAGCAGCCGUUGCCAAUGGCGAUAGUCAAAGCGAAACGCAGAAAACCGAAACAGAAGAUUCAGAAAUGGUUGCUGCCGCUGCUGGCGAGCCAGAAGCGCCAUCCAAGGAGACGGUCAAAGAUAGUGAAGCGCCAGCGAACGCUGAGGAGGACGACGAGGAUGGACCGUCGCCCAACAAGCGCAUCAAAACCGAUUCAGAGGCAGACAAGGCAACAGCCGAAAAGUCACAAACCGCUGAGGAUGAGUACGAGGAUGUGGUGCCUGUGCCCCGUGAAACUGUUGCCCUGCUGCCGGACUAUAUUCUGGUGGCUCUCGUGCCCGCCGAGCAGCUAAUUGCCGGUCCUCAGCGUGCUGCAUCGCGCAAGGAGUGCGAGGUCAUUCUGCUCGUUGGUCUGCCCGGCUCCGGCAAAACGCACUGGACCCAAAAUCAUCUGUCGGAGAACAGCGACAAGCGUUACGACAUCAUUGGACCUGAUUCCAUAAUAGCCAAAAUGACGAUUGAUGGCGAAUCGCGUAAAACGGUGCACAAGGGUCGCUGGGAGAAGGUGUACGAGAUCUGCUUGAAUAGCCUGGGUGCUUUGGAAGAUAUUGCCAUGAAGCGGCGUCGCAAUUUUAUACUCGAUCAGACGAAUGCGUAUGCCUCGGCCCAGCGACGUAAAAUGAAAGGUUUUAGCGACUUCAAGCGUAUUGCGGUUGUUUGCAUACCCGGCGAAGAUGAAUUGAAACGUCGCAUCGCCGUUAAUGAGGAAAAGGGAAAUGCUUUUACAGUUAAAGAAUCAACAUUAAAUAACUUACGAGCAAAUUUCACGCUGCCCUCGCUGGAGUUUGGCUGGUUUGACGACAUCAUCUACACGGAGCUGAAUGGCGACGAGGCCAAGACCGAGGUCAAGAAGUACAACGAGAAGGGCAAGAAGGCCAUCGAUGCGGACAGAUCCCGGGACAAGAGAUCGCGCGGCACACGCGACACUUAUCGCCGUGAUGAUCGGCCCCGCAAUCGAUACUUUGACGACAGGCGUCGUGAUCACGGUGGUGGUGGUGGCGGCGGCGGUGGCGGCGGGGGUGGUCAGCGACACGAGAGUCGCUGGAGUGACUCGAGACGAGGCGGCGGCGGCGGCGGUGGCGGCAGCAGCUACUCGAGCGGUGGCAGUGGAGGCGGCGGCGGCGGUGGCGGCAGUCGUGGCUACGAUAAUCGCAAUCGCAAUUAUGGCAGCGGUGGUGGAGGCGGUGGCGGCGCUGGUGGCCAACAAAACUGGAUGCAGAACAAUCGUCGCAGUGGCUACGAUGAUCGUGGCUAUGGCGGUGGAGCUGGAGGCGGCGGCGGUGGCAGUCGUGGCUACGAUAAUCGCAAUCGCGGCUAUGGCAGCGGUGGUGGCAGCUCCGGCGCCGGUGGCCAACAGAAUUGGAUGCAGAACAAUCGUCGCAGUGGCUACGAUGAUCGUGGAUAUGGCGGCGGCGGCGGUGGCGGUGGCGGCAGUUCACGAGAUUAUCGGGAUCGAGAUCGUGGCGGCAAUGAUCGCAAUCGGCUCGGUGGUGGUGGCAGCAACAAUGAUCGCAAUCGCGGCAACAGCCAGAGCAGCUAUCGCUCCGGCGGCGGCAGCCACCAGCAACAACGGGAUUUUCGGCAUGGCCACCGCGACACCAAAGAAGAUAGUCGCGGUGGCUAUGAGCGCUCAGCGGUCCAAGCGCUGGCCAAAUAUGGCAAUAACUCGACGCCAGCUGGCUACGAACAGCAAUACAAACAGCAUCAGCAGCAGCAGUCGAGCGGUGGCCAGCAGCAGCUCGGAGCAAAGUCGUCGCUAAGUGGCAAGUGGAGCACCUAUGCCCAGCAUCAUCAGCAGCAGCAGCAGACCCAGCAGCAGCAUCAACAGGCUGGCAUUUGGCAGCAACAACCACAACAACAACAACAAUCACAGCAACAACAACAGCAACAAUACCAGCAUCAACAUCAACACCAACAACAGCAGAGUGCUGGCCAACAACAACAAUACUGGAACUACAAUCAGAUGCAGGGUUAUGGCAACCAGCAGCAUCAGCAACAGCAACAACAACAGCAGCAGCAACAAACACAACAGGCCUGGUCACAAGGCGCUGCUGAUCCGCAGCAACAGCAACAGCAGUGGAUGUCCUGGUGGCAGCAGCAGCAGCAGGCCGGCGGCGGAGGCGGUGGCGGCGGUGGAGCAGCGGCCAAUAGUGCCGGUGGUGGUGGUGGUGGGAGUGCGGCAGGGACUGCGGGCGCCACUGGCAAUAAUGAUGGCGGUGCCACCAAUCAUUAUUGGUCUCAAUAUUCAUACUCUACACAGUCCAAUGCGGGCGUCGACAAGAAAUAAGAGAGGCAUCCAUCUUUUUGCCGUCGCAAAGAAAACAGAAAACAAAAAACCGAUUUCAUUUUGAUUUAUAAAAACAAACACACACACACACAUACACAAACACACACACACACACUCAAGAAGAUAAAGCAAAUCAACUUUAAAUGAUAGUUUUUAAGCAUAAUGCAGAAAGAGCAAAAAACAAGCGUGCAUAAAAUUUAGUUUAGCCAGUUUUUAAGCCAGUCUGGAAAGUCCAAAAGAAAAUGUAACCUUAACACACAGCACAGUUUCUGGCAGGAAACAAACAAACAAAUAAGCAAAAUGAUGUAGAAACUGUUGAUUUUAAGCAAAUAUUGUAUAAAACAAAAAUGUUGUUGUUUCAUACAAUUCACGUGCAACAACAUUUGUUUCGGCCACAUUUCAUAGAACAACCAAACUUACAUUUAUUGUGCAUUAUAGAAAUUGUUUACAAAUUGUUUAAAUCGAUGCCAAUUUCCUUUCGUUUCCUGGCUUGUUCUUCUAACAAACAAACAAAAUACAAAAAAAAAGCAAUAAAAGGAACGUUGGAUAAUAUUAAU